AUGAAGCCUGGUUAUCCAUUCCCUACCGCACCUCCAGUGGACCCAUUUGCAAAAAUUAGAGUGGAUGACUGUGGGAAAACAAAAGGAUGCUUUAGGUAUGGUAAACCAGGAUGUAAUGCAGAAACUUGUGACUACUUCCUCAGUUAUCGCAGAAUAGGAGCUGAUAUAGAGUUUGAACUGAGCGCCGAAACAGAUGGCUGGGUGGCUGUGGGAUUUUCCUCAGAUAAGAAAAUGGGUGGAGAUGACGUCAUGGCCUGUGUGCACGAUGACAAUGGAAGAGUCCGGAUACACCACUUCUAUAAUGUAGGUCAGUGGGCAAAAGAGAUCGAAAGAAAUCCUGCCAGAGACGAAGAAGGUAUUUUUGAAAACAACCGUGUAACGUGCCGUUUCAAGCGUCCUGUGAAGGUUCCCAGGGAUGAAACUAUUGUAGAUCUUCAUCUGAGCUGGUACUAUUUAUUUGCUUGGGGCUCAGCAAUUCAAGGUUCUAUAACUCGGCAUGACAUAGACUCUCCCCCUGUCUCCGAGCGCGUGGUCAGUAUUUACAAAUACGAAGAUAUUUUUAUGCCAUCUGCUGCCUACCAGACCUUUUCUUCCCCAUUCUGCUUGCUGCUUAUUGUUGCACUGACAUUUUAUUUACUGAUGGGAACCCCAUGA